GCCUUCUUCCUUCUUCAUUCAAGUUCGCUAGGUUCGGUAUGUCUCUGCAGCAAAAAAGAGUAUCUAAUGCGUAGCCACUUUUUUAAUCUGUAUACGUCAUCUUGAUAAGGAAAAUGAAACGUUUAUUAUUUUUGUGGCAUUUUAAAUUUAAUUUUGUGUUCGGUUGAAAAAAUGUAAUUAAUUGUCGUCUACGUGAAACAUAUUUAUGUUUAAUUUUAAUAAUUUAGUUCUUUUGUGUCGCGAAUCUUGAUAUUGUAAAGUGUUUCAGCUAAUAUGGAUCUUGUUUCUUGCGUUAUUCCGGUCUCUGUAAUCGCCAUUAGCGGUCUCGUUGUAUAUUAUUUAUUCAAGGUGGGUCUGAAAGAGAAAACGUACGAAGAAAACGCUGCCGAACAAAAGAAAAAAUACGGAUCGAAACUCAAACCUAAAUAUCCGCAACAGAAGAAACCUUCAAAAGUACCGACCAAAGAGAAAACUAGCGCAGAGAAAAAGCCUAAAGUAACGUUUCAAAAUCCGGUCGGAAAAGAAAUCAAGAAACCCGAACCACCUAAUAUAUCUUCCGCCGUGGAUAAGCCUGAUGGAAACGCUAGUGUGAAGAAAAAACCGGAGAAAGUGCAGCCGAAACCCGCCAACCCUGUUGUUCCUAAUACUAACGAUAAAGUUCAACCUGUAUCUAACCCUAGCGGUAAACCAAAUACCGAACCACUUAUCGUUAAAGUAUCUGCAAACGGUACUUCAGAUGACGCCACCGGUGUGCCAGACACACUUAAAAAUUUGUCGACCUCUUGUAUCAGAAACGAUACCAACAAUAACAUUCCAGUGAGUAAAUCGAGCUCGUUGAACGAAAGUACCGACGCCGAAGAUACAGACAGCUCGUACAACAACGACAGAACCAACAGCAUUAGUUAUUACAAUAGCAACACGUUGAACGGCGAGAAACUUUUGAAAAACAAACCCUCUACCGGAACUGGUUCCGAUACCGAAACAUGGCAAAAAUCCAAGUCAACCGAAGCGACGAGUAGCGCUAAAAUGCAACCGCCUCAAAAGAAGCCCAAAGACGAUGUCGUUAAAAGUCUAAAAACCGACGAUAAAAACAAAGACAAAGCGAAAAAAACCGACGAAAAAGCGCCUAGGAAUGCCAAGGAGACGUCCGUCGAUAAACCGAAAAUCCCGGUUUCCCCUUCGAAAUACAAAAAAUCCGAAGAUAAAUCCAAGAGCCAAGAGACAGCGGUGGUUAAUUCACUCUUGACGCCGAAUAAUUUGAGCGACGAAAAAGAAGCCAAGGUUAAAAACGAUAGGAAGGCCGAUGUUGAUAAAUCUACGCACGCUGUCGGCCCCGAACAAAACCCCGACAAGAAACCCAGCGAUGAGAAAGAAAGUGGCUGUCAGCUCGUCAAGCUCGAGAAGACUCAGCCUCACAAGAAGAAUAACGCUUCUUCUAACGGCGGUAAAACCAGCCCAGUGCAGAAUGGCAAGCAAGCAGCAAAUGCUAGUAAAGCUGCUAAAAGACAUACUACCGAAAUGAAAGCCCUGCAGAAGAUAACAAAUGAAAACGACGGCCCAGUAAAUGUUAAUCUUCUGAUGCCUCUUAUCACGAAAGCAGAGUUGUCACGAACUGAGAUACAAAACCUAAUCGACUGGUUAUUAAAUAAACAAAACGAAGAAUGUAUUAGUGACGCGGAAUGGAUCGAAGGAAGUCGCCAAGAUCCGGUGGCCAAGUUGAAAAAACAACUAGCUGAAAAAGAGAAACUGUUGACGGCCGAGCAAGAGGCUCAUCAAGCGAUACAAAGUAAACUGAAAGAACUUCGUACCGAGUUGAACGUCGAGAAACAUACCAGCAGACAGUUGGAAGAAACGUUGAACGGACGCCAGGUUGAUUUGCAAUCGCUAAAUGCCAAAUUACAAGCCGCUCUCGAAGAAAAGCAAACGUUCACCAAACAACUACAACAACUUCAAUCGCAACUAACCGAAGAACGUAUGAUGAUGCAUUCGUUGAAAGAAGAAAACGCCAAAACGAAAAGCAGCCUUCAGCAAGAGUUACUCUCGCAAAGGCAACAAUUAGAAGUGCAUAUCGCUCAAUUAAACGAGCAGCAUCAACAAGCUAUCGUAACGUUAGAAAGUCAAUUAGGCCAAAUGGCGGCCCAGUUACACGAACAAGAAGCCGCGAACGCGCAAAUGAGCGAAGAAUUGAGGGAAUGCGUCAUGUUGCGCGAACAGAUCGCGCUGCAAGACAACCAAAUCGCUCAUCUAAGGCAGACAGCGACUGCUACUCAAGAGUUAGCUAUUCAGUUGGAAGAAUUGAGAGCUGUUCGAGCCGAAUUAGACCGGCAUUUAGCCAACAGCCACUGCGAAGUGACUCGACUUUCCGAACAGUUGGCCCGAAGAAAUAGCGAAAUCGACAAAUUCAACUCGACGGUGCAAAAUAUGAAAAUAGAAAAUCAAGAAUUACUCAAAGAAAAUGCUCGUAUCAAUGAACAGAUAAACAACGCUUACAGCGAAAAGAAACAAUUACAAAUUGAUAAUGAAAAAUUGAAGGAUCAAUUACUGCAGUCUCGCGAGCAAUCGAAAAGUGCUCAAGAUAUCGAACAGUUAGAGAACGAAUUACGCAAAUACAAAACGCUCGUCAGUGAGAAAACAUCGGAGGUAACCGAACUGAAUAAUCAAAUAAGCGAGCUAAAAGCCUCCCUGCAACAGAGCGUUUCUCGUAACGUAGAAUUGCAGAAACAAAACGAAGCUGCUAAAGAGAUCGAGGAUAAUUUCAAAAAACAAUUGAAGAAAAACGACGAAUUACGCUGUAAAAAUUGGAAUGCUAUGGAUGCUUUGUCCACUUUGGAAAAAUCUUAUGAGAACAAAGUCAAAGAAUUACGUAAUUUAUCUCAUGAAAUUAAAGUAAAAGAACGCGAAGAAUUGGUUUCAAGGCUGAAAGGCGGAUUUAUACCGGAUACCGAAUUAAAUUCGAAUCCAGUUGGCGUCGAGGAUCACGAAUGGUUCAACAAGGUGGAGAAAUGGCUGAAAAUGCUAGCGUCCUCGUCGUCGCAGCAACAACAACAGCAGCAGCAGCAACAGCCGAGAGUGCCCGAAACGUCGACGGGAUCGCCUCAAAGGCAACUCACAAAUUCCACUACGCUUUCUGUAGAUGAUAAGGUCAUUCCAGACGCCGGUCAAAUCAACAUGUUGUGUGCGCUAGAGAAACAAAAUACCAAAUUGCAAUCGAUGGUCAGUCAUUAUAAAGACAUCAUCUGCGAUACGGAAGGAAUGCUGAAUCGUUUAGAGCAACAGGUGAAACAGCAAGAGAAUCAAUGGAUCAAACAGAUACAAGCGUUGGAAUCGAAACUAGAAUCUCUAUCCAAAGAAAAAGAAUUAUUGUCCAGCCAAGUGAAGAUGCAGAACGGUUGUUCUAAAGAAGAACAAGACGUCGUAGACCAUAAAUUCAAAUACGAAAAUAGUAACAAAGAUGGCAAACACGCCGCAUCUAUUCUAACUACAGAUUCGAAUGUCACCGUGGCUAAUUCUUGAACCGGUUCCGGUCUCGAAAGAGUCGCGAGAUCGCGCCCAACGUCACUGUAUGCUGUAUGUUUUCAUACUAUGUAUGCGUGUACAUAUACAUAGUAUAUUUAUGUUCUUUUUUUUCUUAUUUUUUUCUUUCUUGAUCAAUGCGUGUCGUUGUGUUUGAUGAAUUAACAUAUUUAUGUAGAGUAGUGGUGAAGAGAGUAAAGUGCAAUAUGAAUUAUCGUAUCGUUUUUUUUUUGUUUCUUUUUUUUCCCUUUCUUUUAAAUCGCUAGCCGAAACAAUUUAUAAUACAUUUUUACGGACAAUAUUUAUACGUGUAGUUACGCUUGUAAUAUUUUUUUUUUUUUUUUUUUUUUUUACAAAUGUUUAAGUAUUAUAUGCUAUAUCGUAUAUAUUUGUUAUGUGUUAGUGAACUUAUAUAAUUUUUUUAACGCGUAUUUGUGAAGUUUAUAUUUGAUAAUGCGGUUAUAGUAGUAGUUUAAUUACUCUUAGAAAAGUUUUUCUUUUUUAUUAUUAUUUAUUUUACGCAUUCUCCGAAGCGCCUAGAUGCGAAUAAAACUGUUACCUUUUUACCCCGGCCCCUCUACUUUGCGAAGCAAUACCUAUUUUACUUACACCCCCGCUGUGCCCGUUGUGUAGACGUGAAUUCUGUUUGUUUUUUUGUCAUUUGUGCGUUCGUGUGAUUUUGAUAUCAUGUCAACGUACCUAUUGUAAUACCUACUAUAUUGUUUAGAAAAUUUGUUUUUUUAAAUUAUCAUUUACGCAUAAUUUAUUAUCGUCGGGAAAUAACUUAAUAUUCUUGAUAUCCAGUUUUAUUGUUAAAGGAAAAAAAAAAUACGAAUUUUUAGUAUAAUUUUUUUAUACGUGAUUUUUGUUUUUUUUUUUUAAAUUAUUUAUUGUCGGUCGUAAUUUUUCUCGUUUUCGUCGUCAUUGUCGUCUCUCGUUUUUUAAGUGCAUUUAUGUAAUGAAUUUUUUUUUACGUGUGUUCAGAUUUUAUAUACCUACGUGUUUUGCACCACGCUGCUUAAACUCGGAGAAUUUUGUAUCGCUCCGAAUUUUAGCCCGGUUAAAUGCAUCGUCAUUGAAUGUCGUAUUUUUUUUUUUUUUUUGUCGUAUUUACAUAAUAUUUGUCUGUAACGAUGUUUUUUUUCUCCAUUCGAUGUGAUUAUUUGUACUACGUGCGUUUAUGAUGUCUAAAUAAUAACGAUUUUUUUUAACCCCAACGAAUGCGUAAGAUGGUCAGUGAACAAAUAUGGCCAAACGUCCUUUUUAGCGGAUAUAUUUUCCUCGUUUCUUGCGUAUAUUGUUGUAAAGAUUAUUUUUAAAAAUAUUCAAUUUUUUUCUAGCUAGAUUUAUAUUUAUCGGUAAAAAUAAUGUGAACGAAUUGUGAAUGGUAUUUAUUACAUGUUAUUUAUUAAUU